CAAGAAACAUGACACAAAAGAUCCUCUUAGAUCAGCAGUAAGUGUCUGUAGUGACUCAUCAGCGUGACAUGUGUGUGCGUCUGUGUGCGUUUGUGUAGGCCAAUGUAUGCAAUUGAGCUCGAGGACCCUCAUGAACGCAACGGGGAGGUACUGUUAGGCAACAAGCUGUGCGCGAGGUGGCUUGAAGGCGCUGGCUGGCUCCUGAGUCCAGACUCCUACAAUGCGCCAUGGACAGUCAAGGUGCCACUGACGCGGACAGCGAGAAGCAAUGCUGCACAUGAGGGGGGCCGGCUGAACAUUCUGCUGUGCGCAUUCCGUGACAAUGGCAACGUCCUCUAUGAGGUGAGUGCGCAGGAAAGCCGCGUGGGGUGACUGCUGGGUUUUGCCUGUUUCCAGGUGACGGAAGCCCUGCAAGCAUCCUCGGCUUCUGGCUACCUUCGCAAUGGCGGUCGACGAGCGCUCCCAUUGGCGGCUCCUUCGGCAGCUCAAGCUUCGGCCACACCGGGCCCUUCACCUUCGACGAGCUAAAAAACAAACAUAAGAAGAAGAUCAAUGAAGCUUUAUCGCACCCGCCCGAUAGCGACAGCGUGGCCUACAUGGACAACAAUGACCUCCUCUGGCUGCAGCUGCGCGCCGCCGUGCCCCAGACGGUCUAUCAGAGGGACAAGAAGGACAAGAGGCGUCCUGUGCCGUGCCGCCUGCUGGUGGCGCAGUGGGCAGGGGAGGGGCAGCCGAAGACGGUCCUGGCGGCAACGAAAGUGUUCUACUUCGUGCAACUCAACACGACUGCGGAUGGACAGAGGAGACGGAUAGAUGACGAGGUGCUGAGGAGAGAGAACACAUUCACUAGGGGAGUUCCCGAUCUCAUCGGUACGACCAUCGAGCCAUCCAGCGGUACGACACACCAAAGAGAUGACGACAUGCUGACACGUCUGUCUGUCCAUCCAUCUGCCUGCCUUUUGUGUGUUGUCAGUUCAUCCUCUCCCGAGUGGUCGUGGUGCUCGUGAAGCUGCUCGGCAGAAGCAUCGUGUGGCGCCCAAGGCACCACCACCACCACCACCACACCAACGUACCAUCCUUCCCCGGCCCUCUUUCGGCAUCAUUCCGCGACACCCUUCCGAUCCACGUAUAAGUCUUCUUCCUGGCGUAUUGGGAGGUCUGCCGCCUGUGAGUCC